AUGCCGCCAUCUUUCCCGACGACAGGGACGUUUAAAUUGUUAUCAUUCAACAAACCAAACGCGUUCAUUUCUCUCGAACGGUCUCCGUUUUUGAAAUGGUCCGCGCAAUCAAAGGCGUUCGAAACCGGGAAGUUUUCCCACGUCGUGCACCCGAAUUUACCGGUAUUUGAUGACGAUUCAGACGACGUUAAAGGCAAGAGCGAUCGUGAUAUUAUUCCUCCUCGAUGCGUGAACAUCGCCGAGGAAGAGCGGAACGCGUUCGGGAGUGAAGCGAAACACGUGCAGACGUUAAGCGCGUCGAUGUUUCACACGGAAAAACAGUUCAAAAAACAGGUGGAGAUGGUGUCGUUCGGAUGCGAGAACGUCAGUCACGUGUUGUUCGUGAGCGGAGACGAGAAGAAAAAAGAGCUGGACGCAUUGAAAAUGCUUAAAAUUGCGACGAAAAUGAGACGAGAUGGGGACAUUCCGGACGAGAUUAAAUUCGCAGUCGUGGCCAAUCCGAAUACGGAGAACGUAUCGGCGGAAUAUUUAGAGGAGAAAGUCGCGGCUGGCGCGGAGUUGAUUAUCACGCAGCCGUUUUUUGAUUACGAGCGUUGUCACGAGUGGGUGUCGAGUGCAAACCGGAGAGGCGUGUUGAGCACCACUAAUAGCGGGAUCAGUAAUAGCAAUAGCGCAUCGUUAGUCAUUGGCGCGUGCGCGCCUUCGAAUAGAAAAGACGUCGAGUUUUGGGCCAAGCUCGUCUACGGAGACGAUCAAUCCGCCAAAAUCCUCUCCUCGCCGAGUUCACCCAUAGCCAAACUCGCUCGAGAAUACGAACAAAAAGAGAGAGAACUAACCACGGCGUUAUACAGGGACUGGAUUUUUGAACGGUGCGAGCUGCGAGCGGUUGCCGCGCUCGGUCACGCCGCGAGCUCCGGCGUUCACUUCAUGCCGGUUACGCGAAUCGGAUACGACAUCCAAGAGCUUGAAGCGAUUGCGAAUUUAUGUGGAUGCACGCUCCCGUUGAAGUGGGUUUCGAUACGAUCGUCGUUUGGUGGUAGGAGCGGCGAUGAUGAUGCGCACAGCAGCAGAAGCGAGAACGAAGAGGAAGAAUCCACAUUCAACCCGAUUCGGUUGGUAUAUUUACCCUCCGACGUUGUCGCGGAGAAAAUCGCUUCGCGAACAUCGCUGGUAAAAUACAUCGUGCACUUGUGGGGGUACGGGACAAAUGACGAGGAGUUGAAAACGAGCGUGAGAAAAGGUAAAGACGAGGCGUGGUUGGAUCAGUCGAUGACGUAUAAGUUGACGUGUUGCGACUUUGGCGCGACGAGGAGCAACGAGAAGAGCGAGGUAAUGCGGAGGUUAUCGAAUUUAGUACCCGGGGCGUUUGAGCCGCGAUCUAAGGUGAGCUUAGAUCAGCCGAGAGUUGAGUUUUUAUCUAUGGAGGUGAAAUCGACCGUUCAAAUAGAUUUAGGAUUCCAGGGCGUGCGGAUGUUUUUCGGACGCGUCGUCGGUAAAGACAAAUCGAGGAAGCAUUUGAACUUGUUAGAUUUGAAGAAACGGAGGUAUUUAGGACCGACUUCUAUGGAAGCACACAUGUCGCUGAUUAUGUGCAACAUGAUUAAAGCGGAGAGAGAAAGGGGUGGACCGGUUUUAGAUCCGUUUUGUGGAACCGGAAGCGUUUUAUUAGCCGCCGCGGAGCUCGGGUGUUUCACGUGCGGCUUUGAAAUCGAUCCCAGGGUGUUGGAGUUUGGUAAAGUAGACGCGAAAACGGGGCAGAAAUUGGACGUGAUUACCAAUUUCAAGGACUAUGGGUUCAACAAACCGAUAUUUCUGAUUCGUGGUGACGUGCACAAAUCACCUCUGCUUAAAGUUGUAGAAGAUGAAGUAGAGAGUAGGUGUAGAAUUAGUGGCAGCAACGGCGGCGGCGAAAAAUUUGCGCCGUUAGAUUUAGAAAAAAUAGAAAAGCGCAUCAAACAGAUGGAAGGUGCUUUCCAAGGCAUAGUUGCCGACCCGCCUUAUGGUAUACGCGAGCGCGGUCGCAAAUCUCAGUUUGGGGGCAAACGGGGUAAAACGGAACAAGACAUGAUAAACAUCGGCGAGCGAUUCGACAAUCACAUCCCGUCCACGGUGAACUAUCCGCUAUCCGAAAUUAUGGACGAUUUAAUGGAUCUUUCCGCGAAAACGUUACCGGUUGGUGGACGCACGUGCUUCUUUCUCCCCGCGGAUGUGCAACAAACGAAUCCGGAAACGGAUUUCCCUUCUCACCCGUGUUUACGGGUCGUCGCGCACUCUUUGCAAAAUUUUUCGCCCACUUGGGGGAGACGAUUGGUCACGUACGAAAAGAUCGAACCGUUUGACAUACACAAACACUUAGAAAACGUUCGCACGCGUGAACACCUGCGUCGAGUGCUUGAACAAGACGUAAACUACUUGGAUCUCACCGAGCGCGUAAAAAAAUUCGUCUUUGCGGACGAAAAAUCCAACGAGCGGAAAAAAAUCCAGCGCGAUAUCAUUCGCCGGGCGUGCAAAGAACAUCGGGAAGGCGUCACGUUGGACAGAGAAACCAUCCUUGAACGUCGCGAACGAGCGAAGUCGCUGAAAGAAAAAGACCAGGGCUUAAAGAACAGAGGGAAGAAGACUUGA